CUGCUGAGCUUGAGUGACGAAAUCUCCUUUAAUAUAGAUCAUCUAGGAAAAUACAGGGUAGAAUGUUAGCUCAGUUAAUUUUGAACUUCCAUAUAUAUAUAUCUGUGAUUCUUCUUAACACCUUUACCACCCUAUCCUCUUUUUUCUUAUAGACUUUUUAAGGGACUUUAUUCUGAUCUCACUUGUAUUUUUCUUUCCAUAGAAUGGAUAGAAUGACAGAAGAUGCUCUUCGCCUGAAUCUGUUGAAGCGGAGCUUGGACCCAGCCGAUGAGCGAGAUGAUGUCCUGGCCAAGCGACUCAAAAUGGAGGGGCAUGAGGCCAUGGAACGUCUGAAAAUGUUGGCACUGCUCAAACGGAAGGAUUUGGCAAAUCUGGAGGUGCCACAUGAUUUGCCCACCAAACAGGAUGGCAGUGGUGUCAAGGGCUAUGAAGAGAAACUUAAUGGGAAUCUCAGGCCUCAUGGAGACAGCAGGACUUCUGGAAGGCCAGGCAAAGAAAACAUCAAUGAUGAGCCUGUGGAUAUGAGUGCUAGACGGAGUGAGCCAGACCGAGGAAGGCUAACUCCCUCCCCAGACAUCAUUGUUUUGUCUGAUAAUGAGGCUUCCAGUCCCCGUUCCAGCUCCCGAAUGGAAGAAAGACUCAAAGCAGCCAACCUAGAGAUGUUUAAGGGGAAAGGCAUUGAGGAACGGCAGCAGCUCAUCAAGCAGCUGAGGGAUGAGCUGCGAUUGGAAGAAGCUAGACUGGUGCUGUUAAAGAAACUGAGACAGAGUCAGCUACAGAAAGAGAACGUGGUCCAGAAGACUCCAGUUGUACAGAAUGCAGCAUCUAUUGUUCAGCCAUCUCCUGCCCAUGUAGGACAGCAAGGUCUAUCCAAGCUUCCCUCUCGGCCCGGGGCCCAAGGGGUUGAACCUCAGAAUUUGAGAACAUUACAGGGUCACAGUGUCAUCCGUUCAGCGACCAAUACCACCCUCCCACACAUGUUGAUGUCUCAACGUGUGAUUGCACCAAACCCAGCCCAGUUACAGGGUCAGCGGGGCCCACCUAAGCCUGGCCUUGUACGCACCACAACACCCAAUAUGAAUCCCGCCAUCAAUUACCAGCCGCAGUCAAGUUCUUCUGUUCCCUGUCAGCGCACAACAUCCUCUGCCAUCUAUAUGAACCUUGCCUCCCAUAUCCAGCCAGGGACCGUGAACAGAGUGUCCUCACCACUUCCUAGCCCCAGUGCCAUGACUGAUGCUGCCAACUCACAGGCUGCAGCCAAAUUGGCUCUUCGCAAACAGCUGGAAAAGACACUCCUGGAGAUUCCACCCCCUAAACCACCUGCUCCCUUGCUUCACUUCCUGCCUAGUGCAGCCAAUAGCGAGUUCAUCUACAUGGUAGGCUUGGAAGAAGUCGUACAGAGUGUCAUCGACAGUCAAGGGAAAAGCUGUGCCUCACUUCUGCGGGUUGAACCAUUUGUUUGUGCUCAGUGCCGCACAGAUUUCACCCCUCACUGGAAGCAAGAAAAGAAUGGUAAGAUUCUGUGUGAGCAAUGUAUGACCUCCAACCAGAAGAAGGCUCUAAAGGCAGAACACACCAACCGGCUGAAAAAUGCUUUUGUUAAAGCCCUACAGCAGGAACAGGAAAUUGAACAGCGAUUACAGCAGCAGGCAGCCCUUUCCCCUACUACGGCUCCAGCUGUGUCCAGUGUCAGUAAACAAGAGACCAUAAUGAGACAUCACACGCUUCGGCAGGCUCCACAGCCCCAAAGCAGCCUCCAGCGUGGCAUACCCACAUCUGCCCGUUCCAUGCUCUCCAACUUCGCACAGGCACCCCAGCUGUCUGUGCCAGGUGGCCUCCUUGGUAUGCCAGGUGUCAACAUUGCAUACUUGAACACUGGCAUCGGAGGACACAAAGCCCCCAGUUUGGCAGACCGACAGCGGGAAUAUCUUUUAGACAUGAUCCCUCCCCGGUCUAUAUCGCAGUCCAUCAGUGGACAGAAAUAACGCCUGUUCCACUUGUACUGCCCCAACCUUGAAUCCUUUACCCCUCUCCUCUCCCAUUGUCCCCAACUUCCGUCGCAUGCAGUGCCUGUACUGGUGCCUACCAUACACGGAAAACAAAACAGAAAAACAGAAGACAAAAAGUAGAAAUCAACAAGAAAACACAUGCCCUGCCCCGCCACCUCCCUUUUGUUUCACACUGCUGCGAUCUGUUCUUCUGCGGCUCUGUCUUCUCUUCAGUUUUCUUUAACACUGAGGUGGACCCUUGCCUCUGACAGAGGUCAGAAUGAGGUCCUGGGGAGAAAUGUAAGCCCUCUGACGUGUGUCUAAAGUUCGUUUUUAUGCUAUAAUUAUUAUCAUUUUUAAUGAUGUUGUGUGUCCUCCCUUUGUUCAGUGGACGGUUAAACCUUUUUAUUUCCCCCCUAGUAUUUUUCUUUUUAUCUUUAGUCUUUUUUUUUUUAAACACAAAUAACAUUCAGUUAAAUGAUAGCAUUGCAGUAGGGUCCCCAACUGCCAAGUAAGACAUGACCGAGAGUUUUAGGGGCAGAAAUUUUAAAUGCACUUAACCCAGGGUUGGGGGGGGCGGCAUCAAACAAGAAGGAACAGCACACUAGCUGUGGAGCAUCUCUUGGCUGGACAGUUCAGGAGGCAGUGUUUGGUAUUGAAGUUGGGCUCUCUAAGGAUGAGGGGAAAGAGCCUAGAAGGAGAAGCUUUAAAAGUUAACCACCCUGGAAUUGAUCCAUAAAGAAGGGGGAGAAGGGGGCACACUGAUGAGCAUAAUGUUGAACCAAGGAGGACUGAGACCAGGUCCUGGCCUUGUGGAUGCUGGGGAAGAAGAUUGGUCUCCUAACCCCAGUGGAGACAGAGAAGUAUAUUACAGGCCAACUAGCCCAAAAUUAUUUUGUCUUGCUUUCUUUGUAAAAUUCUCCCCUACCUGCACCUCUUUCUUUUCUUUUUUUGAACUCCUAGCCUGCCCUCAGUAACCACAGCCCACUGUAAUAUAGAGGAGUGGUGGUUCCCAGCCUGAUUUUGCUGGAUGUUCUGGAAUGGGCAUGAGUCAGAUGACAAAGGGAGGAGAUAGACUUAAAGGAAGGAAGAGGGGUUUCUCUCCCAACAGUUGAGACUUUCUCAUUCAUCUCUCCCUUCACCCUCUGAGUACCAGGAGAUGAGGGUGAGGGCACCUGGUCAGGUUGAAGCCCUGCCCUGACGCUGCUGCACUAACUGCAGAGCCAGCUGCUCAAACCAAACAAGUCAUGUCAAAACCAGUCCUGGACCUCUGUUCUGAAAGUAGUUGUCUUUUUUCUCCCCAGAAUUCUAUUAAUCGUGCUUUUUUUUUUUAAUUAAGUGCUACUAAUGUAGAGAAUGAAUUGAAUUGUGCAAUGUUGCUGUUCUGGGGAUUGGGGAGAUUAGCGUCCCAUUUGCCCACGCCGUGGGGGAAGAGGGAGGAGACCAGGCUGUUUUUGAGGUAAGCGAAGCCCCUUAAAGGUAGGAGUUUCUGCUCUCCUCAUAGUAUACACCCACCUGCCUCUCAGCUCUAGAAGCUGCCAGAGUUUGAGUAAGGGAUACUCUCAGCAGUGAGGUGUGAAGAGGAGUUUAACACUUUGCCCUUGAAAGCCACCUGGGGAAGUUCCCCCACGUUUAUUUUUUAAAAUUAAAUAAUUUUUUAAAGUAAGAAGGCACUUUUAAAGUUAACACACAUACAAACUGCACAUCUUCCCCGUAUAGUUUGGGGAUGGGAUGGGAGAAGGAGCUGGAAUCAGGCUCAGUUCCCCUGACACUGGCCUCUACUCCCCAUACUCCAGAGCCACUGUGGGUGAUUAUACUGGCCCUACGGGCCUUCCUGGCUUUUUUUCUUUCCUCCCUUCCCCCAGAUUCAUUGAGCACUUAAAAAGGAGUAGAGAUGCAGCCCGUGUCUGGGCUCCCUCAGUGGUGAAAUGAUGUGGAAGCUAGACGCUAGUAACAGGUAGUGAUGGGGUCGUUUCGAGUAUUUUUCUGGGGAACGUGGAACCCCUGACUGUAAGUGGUGGGAGAGGGAGGGGGGGUUAAUGGAACUGGGUCUGGGAUUAUUUUAAAAUUAUAUAUAUAUAUAUAUAAAGAUAUAUUCUUACAUCUUUUCUUUGCCCUCUGUGCUUUGAAAGCACUGGAGAAAUCGUUUGGUUUUGCUUUUCUCUCUUCCACGAAAUUGGAAGCUUUUUUAAAAAAUGUUUUCCCUGUAAGUCAUCUUGCCUUAUGGCAUGUCUGUCUAGCCUCUUCCUCACCGCCCCCCUCACCCAUGAUGAAGUGCCAUUUCUGUUAUGUCUCCCCUCCCCCAGCUCAGAGGUGCUCAGAGGUACAAGGUGCCCAAGUUUGUCAGUUGAGAUUAAAAGUAAGGAACAGAGAAUGUGCAAUACCGUCUGGCUAGGGGCCGUCCCUGCCCUGAGCUGAGUCCCUUCCCUGGGAGCCAGGCCACCUUUGAAUGGGGUUUGGAAGUUAAGAUGUGUAGAGAUGGGGAUGAUGAGGAAGGAAGGCCUGUAGUCAGUGCCUGCCAGGGUACUGAGGCGAGAGGGGAGAGGGUGGAGUCUUCCCUGUUUUUAUCCCCUCAGGGUCAGCUACGUAGAGGCUGCUUGUUGCUAGUAUAGCUCCAUGACCCUUUGCUCAGUCGCUGAGGUUUGAUUUCUUAUCUUCUCUUCUCCCCAUUUUCACACCUUUCCUAGGGAUUAGUGAUGGGGUGAGGUUCCCCUAAUCAUGGUAAAGUAUUAGCCUUCCACCUCCUCCCCUUCACCCCUCUACCCUGUCCUUCUGUCUUCCUCAUUUCUCUACUGUUUUCAUCACUGAUUGCCUCGUGUCCCUCCAAGUCUGUUGCUGUCCAUCCCCAGGUCUUGGGCCCUAUAGACACUAAACCUCAUGCCCUAAAGAUUGGAGGAAAGACCUUUUGCUCAGAGUUUUCCUUUACCCCUAGAGCAGUGAAGCUCAAGGUGAUACUAGAGUGAGCAUCCCACCAGCUCUGCCUGGCUUCCUCCAUCCCCAGAGGCUUUAAGAAUAGUUCAUGGACAGUGGCUUACUCCCUAGAAGCCUGAAACAGGGGUGGAUGAGCAGUAAGGCUUAGGUAAAGGUGAGGGACAGAGGUCCUUAUUUGUCAAUUUUUUUCUUUUUUUUUCUUUUCUUUCUUUCUUUCUUUCUUUCUAUUAUUUUUUAUUUUUAUUCUUUCUUUCUUUCUUUCUUUCUAUUAUUUUUUAUUUUUAUUUUUUAUUUUUUUUGUCAUUUGACCACAGCAUCUGGACUUCCUUCAUCCCUGGAAUAAGUAUUUUUUCCACAUUUUUGGAUGUAUGUAUGGUAGACAAUUUUUUUUAAGACACAGAGAUAAAUGUUUUCCUGCUUUGGUUACCUUUCCUUUCCCCUUUAAAAGGAAUUAGCUAUAGAACUGCUUUGUAAAGAUGCUUCUUGAUAUUUUACUUUUGUUCCUUUUCCCCAACCACUCCCUUUUCUCCCCGCUCCUCCAGAAGGCAUAACCUUCUUUCCACACCCCCCACCCCAACCCCAGUCCUAGGCUCCCUUCCCCUCCAACAAGACCUUCAUUAGCUUAUGAUAUUUGCUGCCGAGAUGUUAUAACAAGGACUCAUUCGUGUAUAUAAGCUAUUUCUUGAUCCAUUUAAAAAGAAUUGUACAUUGUGUAGAAAAAAAAAACCUGAAAAAGAGAAAAAAAAGCCCUAGCCAUGGAUAUUGUGAAACUGUGUUACGUCAUUUUGUAAUGUGCCCGUUUGUGUAUGAUCCGUGCAAAAGGGUUUCUGGGGAAGGGGAGGGGGUAGGGAGGCAGGGCUGUGGAGGGUGGGUAGGGGAGUGGGCCGGGCCCAGCACACUGAGACUGGCAGCUGCUCCAACCCCAUCCCUCCUUAGAGAUGCCACCUCCCCCACCACCCACCCCUAAUUUGUGCCUUGCCUCCCCACCCUGGAGUAGUCCCUCCGGGUCACCAGCACUGCCUUGGCAGAGCCCACUCCCUACCCUAACUUGCCCACCCUCCCUAUCCCCCAGCAUUAGGUUGAAACUGUGGGGAAGUGCUGGGGGUUGGGAGGUAGCCGAGGAAUGGGGCAGUUCCCGGGGGCAUUGAAACCAAGUAUUAUUAUGAAUUGUAAUUGUAUUUGCACUGUUUUUUUUCUCUGAUUGCAUCAGCAUAUAUACAAUAUACCUAUAUAACAAAAUUCAGUGUCAAGCUUUCUUAUGCAAGGGAUUUCCCCCACCCCCC